AAAGACCACAAAAGAAUGGAACCCCUGCAUCCUCAUCAAGCUUUUCUUCCCACCUAACUUAUAUACCUUUGUAAGAAAAAAAAAACAAUACUUCUAUUUCAUAAUCCUAAGAUUCAAAGUACUCAAUCUGCAAGAACCAUCCAUCCAGGCUGCGAUAUCUUCACAAGAUCUUUGUGCAAUAUUUAAUUGGUGAUCAAAAAAAAGAUCCCCAAUUAUGGAUGAACUCACCCCUAUCCAUGGCAAUGAUCCAAAGCCUGUGGAUGAAUCGAAAGGGCUCGAUUGUCUCCCUGUCGACCUGAUCGUCGAAAUCCUGACAAAACUCCCUCCUAAGAUCCUCUGCAGGUGCAGGUGCGUUUCCAAAUCAUGGUAUUCCUUACUAACUCACGAUGUCGAAUUUAUGUCCCGACAUGUGGAGCUGUCCAAGAGAAGGCCUCUGUUGCUGGUCAGAAGGUAUCUCUCCGAUGGGAUUUCCGGCAGCGAGAAAAUAGCCGUAGAAUUGACCUCCAUAGACAUGCAAGGAGACAUCACAGAUAAGUUCCAGAAAGUGAUCGAUGGACCGGUUCACACAUUCUUGUCCUGUGGCCCUCUGAGCAUACUAUGCUGUAUGGACACUCUUUAUCUCUGCAACCCCGGAAUUCGGCAGGUUGUUCGCGUCCCUCGUCGAUCCAACUCCCGUCUCUACAACGUAGGAUUCGGGUACCUCCCUGUUUCCAAGGAGUACAAGAUUGUCCACAUGUUCUACCACUCUGAUGCUGGGAAUGGCAAGAUGGGGUGUGAAAUUUUCUCCUUCAGACAGGAUGGAGGAGUUAAGGCAGGGGCUUGGAGGACCGUUGGAGACUGCCCUUUUAUCGCCUGGACAGAUGAACAACCUGUCUGCGUGAAUGGAAUUAUUUACUGGGCUCUUUCCUCAGGAUGGAAGAACAGAUCGAUCCUGUCUUUCGACAUGGAAAAUGAGGAGUUUGGGAGCAUUUCUUAUCCCAUUCACGAGUCCAAAGAUUACAGUUUCUUGGAGUACGUUGGCCUCAUGGAGGCUCUCUGUGUCGUUGGAUUUUCGGCGUCGUCGAUGGAUAUAUGGGUGUUGAAGAACAACAGGGGAUUUAAGACAUGGGCCAUGGAAUACAGCAUUGAUCUGUUCCCUUUCUGCCCUAAGUUUCUUGUUCCAUCCUAUGAUCAGUCUGAAGAGAUUUUAGUGCACAUGGAGCAGAGGGACCUCUUUUGUUACAACCUCAAGAGUCGAAAAGCCAGGAGGGUUGAAUACUACAGGGCUAUGAAGAAUUAUAAUAAGCCAUGUUUGUACUAUGCGAGCAUGGUCUCUGUUCUUGGCCAUGGCAGCGGUAGUUAGAGAAUAACCAGAAAUUUUUGGUCAAUACAGAGGCUCCUUCUUCCCGUGAUGUCGAUUACAUUUCUUAUUGUUUUCCGAUUUUUUUUAGUUACGAAGUCCAACUAGUGAAGCUACAUUAGGGAAUUAAAAUUGAGUCGGACAGUGACAGAAUUGUUUGAAAAUUACAAUGUUGUUUUCAUGUGAACAUACAUUCCUUGGCGUGACUGCUCAAACAUUUCGAGAACAAUAUUACAAUAUAAGAAAACAACAGCUUCAUCGACAAAA